AUGUAUAAGUAUUAUAAUAUAAGGCUUUUACUGAAGAACCUGGAUAAAAUGAGAUGUGUACGUGAGCGCUCUGCCAUUCUCUUUUUGGUGAUAUUUAUUACCUUCCUCCUCUUCAUGAACCUGUACACAGAGGACAGUUAUGUGCUGGAGGAAGAUAAACAGCAGCUAAGGGAAGUCUCAGUGUGCCCACUAAAUUCCGAGCGAUAUGUUUACACCUUCAAAGACGUUACCAAUUUCUCUGGAAUCAUUAAUGUGACCUAUCGCUACCUUGCCGGGACACCUUUGCCACGAAAAAAGUAUCUCACUAUUGGAUUGUCCUCAGUAAAGAGAAAACGAGGAAAUUACCUCUUGGACACCAUCAAGUCCAUUUUUGAGCAGUCCAGCUAUGAGGAGCUGAAAGAAAUCGUCGUUGUUGUUCACUUGGCAGAUUUCGACCUAGCUUGGUGUGAGAAUGUGGCUCAGGAGAUCACUCGCAAAUUCGGGCACCAUAUCAUUGCGGGGCAUCUGCUGGUCAUCCACGCACCUAAGGAAUAUUACCCAACUCUUGAGGGGCUGAAGAGAAACUUCAACGACCCCGAGGAAAGAGUUCGAUUCCGUUCCAAGCAGAAUAUAGACUACGCCUUUCUCCUCAACUUUUGUACCAACCUCUCUCACUUCUACAUGAUGCUGGAGGAUGAUGUGAGAUGCUCACGGAACUUUUUCACUGCUCUAAAAAAGGUGGUCACUUCCAGAGAGGGUUCAUACUGGGUAACACUGGAGUUCUCUAAGCUGGGCUACAUUGGCAAACUUUACCACUCUCGAGAUCUUCCCAGACUUGCACACUUCCUGCUCAUGUUUUACCAGGAGAUGCCCUGCGAUUGGCUCCUGAUUCAUUUCCGAGGUUUGCUGGCCCAGAAGGAAGUCAUUCGCUUCAAACCGUCUCUUUUCCAGCACAUGGGCUACUACUCUUCAUACAGAGGAGCUGAGAACAAGCUUAAAGACGACGACUUUGAGGAGGAUUCUCUCGACAUACCUGAUAACCCCCCGGCCGCCUUGUACACUAAUAUAAACGUGUUUGAGAGCUACGAUGUGGUUAAAGCUUACAGCAGCAUGGAUGAAUACUUUUGGGGGAAAGCUCCUUCCAUUGGAGAUUUCUACAUCAUAGUCUUCAACAAGCCCACAAAGAUCAGCAAGAUUAAAAUUAGCACUGGAACAGACGACCGACAGAAUGAUAUUUUGCAUCACGGAGCUUUAGAAGUUGGAGAGAAAUUGAUGGGAACUAAGAAAGGGAGGCAGUGCUCCUCGUACAUCACAUUAGGGGAGUUUAAAAAUGGGAACAUUGAGGUGCACGAUGUGGACCAUAAGAUUGCUUUUGAUGUUGAGUGUGUUCGUAUUGUGGUCACGGUGAAUCAGAAGGAAUGGCUGAUCAUCAGAAGUAUUAGUGUGUGGACUACACAGCCUGCAAGUCAAUGA